UAACGUGUCAUAAUUAUUUAGACUUUAUAGUGCUUUGACAAUAAUUGAAAUGAUUCUGUUCAUACCCAUAUUAUGCGCAAUAUCGUCCACAUGGGCCGAGGAAAUGAUACUAGACCCACCACUCCGGGUAGAUCUUUCAUCUCCUGGAGAUGUUCAGUUCUUGACCCCAUCGAACGUGUUGACUGAAUGGAUCAACAUGCCUAUAGACCACUUUGAUCCACAGAAUACUGACACUUAUAGAAUGCGCUUUAUGUUCAAUGAUCAAUUUUUUGGCGGCGAUGGGUCACCGCUUUAUAUUCUUGUGGGAGGGGAGUGGGACAUCGUCGAAGGCUGGUUACGAGCUGGUAACAUGUAUCUUACAGCGCAGGAAAACAAAGGUUACAUGUUCUAUACAGAACAUAGAUAUUAUGGAGAGUCGCUUCCAUACCAAAAUUUCACAACCGAAAACCUACGCUUUCUAAAUGUAGACCAAGCAUUGGCUGACUUGGCAUAUUUUAUACGUGAAAUGAAAAGUCAUCCACGGUUCGCUGAAAGUAAAGUGAUUUUAUUCGGUGGGUCAUACGCAGCUAACAUGGUUAUUUGGUUCAAACAGAGAUAUCCACAUUUGGUCGAAGGCGUAGUCGGAUCCAGUGGUCCGAUUUUAGCCAAAGUAGAUUUUACAGGAUAUUUAGAGGUAGUUCAUCGAGCGUUUCAAUCGGAAUGCGGUGAUCAAAUGAUAGCGACGAUCAGACAGGGUAUAAUUGACACUGUGGCUUCCAUGGCCACUGAGGAAGGUAGACGAAAUUUGGAAAGGGCAUACAGAUUGUGUAGACCUCUAAACUAUGGCAAUGAAUUCGAGCUGGGAUAUUUUUCAGGGUUUAUAAGUUGGACAUUUUCCGGAUCCGUACAACAAGCGCGCCCGGGAACACUUCGGUCAAUUUGCAAUAAUUUCGAUUCUUACGGGUCAACACCAAUGGAAAAAGUCGGUGGUUAUAUUGCAGCCACGCGUGGGAUUGUAAAUUGUACUAAUAUUUCUUACGAAAGCUAUGUAAACCGCUACAGGUAUACAAGUGAUAAUAAUCGGGCAUGGUAUUACCAGACAUGUACCGAAUAUGGUUAUUACCAAACAGCCCCACGAAGCGGCACAGUUUUCGUUAGCAUUAAUACAGUUCAAGAACACACUCGAUGUCUUCAACAUAUUUUCGACGUUUAGUGGCAAAUUCCACCAAGUUUUAUUUUUUAAGAUCGGGCAUGGUAUUACCAGACAUGUACCGAAAAUGGUUAUUACCAAACAGCCCCACGAAGCGGCACAAUUUUCGUUAGCAUUAAUACAGUUCAAGAACACACUCGAUGUCUUCAACAUAUUUUCGACGUUUAGUGGCAAAUUCCACCAAGUUUUAUUUUUUUAGAUCGGGCAUGAUAUUACCAGACAUGUACCGAAAAUGGUUAUUACCAAACAGCCCCACGAAGCGGCACAAUUUUCGUUAGCAUUAAUACAGUUCAAGAACACACUCGAUGUCUUCAACAUAUUUUCGACGUUUAGUGGCAAAUUCCACCAAGUUUUAUUUUUUUAGAUCGGGCAUGGUAUUACCAGACAUGUACCGAAUAUGGUUAUUACCAAACAGCCCCACGAAGCGGCACAGUUUUCGUUAGCAUUAAUACAGUUCAAGAACACACUCGAUGUCUUCAACAUAUUUUCGACGUUUAGUGGCAAAUUCCACCAAGUUUUAUUUUUUUAGAUCGGGCAUGGUAUUACCAGACAUGUACCGAAUAUGGUUAUUACCAAACAGCCCCACGAAGCGGCACAAUUUUCGUUAGCAUUAAUACAGUUCAAGAACACACUCGAUGUCUUCAACAUAUUUUCGACGUUUAGUGGCAAAUUCCACCAAGUUUUAUUUUUUUAGAUCGGGCAUGGUAUUAUCAGACAUGUACCGAAAAUGGUUAUUACCAAACAGCCCCACGAAGCGGCACAAUUUUCGUUAGCAUUAAUACAGUUCAAGAACACACUCGAUGUCUUCAACAUAUUUUCGACGUUUAGUGGCAAAUUCCACCAAGUUUUAUUUUUUUAGAUCGGGCAUGGUAUUACCAGACAUGUACCGAAAAUGGUUAUUACCAAACAGCCCCACGAAGCGGCACAAUUUUCGUUAGCAUUAAUACAGUUCAAGAACACACUCGAUGUCUUCAACAUAUUUUCGACGUUUAGUGGCAAAUUCCACCAAGUUUUAUUUUUUUAGAUCGGGCAUGGUAUUACCAGACAUGUACCGAAUAUGGUUAUUACCAAACAGCCCCACGAAGCGGCACAAUUUUCGUUAGCAUUAAUACAGUUCAAGAACACACUCGAUGUCUUCAACAUAUUUUCGACGUUUAGUGGCAAAUUCCACCAAGUUUUAUUUUUUUAGAUCGGGCAUGGUAUUACCAGACAUGUACCGAAAAUGGUUAUUACCAAACAGCCCCACGAAGCGGCACAAUUUUCGUUAGCAUUAAUACAGUUCAAGAACACACUCGAUGUCUUCAACAUAUUUUCGACGUUUAGUGGCAAAUUCCACCAAGUUUUAUUUUUUUAGAUCGGGCAUGGUAUUACCAGACAUGUACCGAAAAUGGUUAUUACCAAACAGCCCCACGAAGCGGCACAAUUUUCGUUAGCAUUAAUACAGUUCAAGAACACACUCGAUGUCUUCAACAUAUUUUCGACGUUUAGUGGCAAAUUCCACCAAGUUUUAUUUUUUUAGAUCGGGCAUGGUAUUACCAGACAUGUACCGAAUAUGGUUAUUACCAAACAGCCCCACGAAGCGGCACAGUUUUCGACCAAUUGCGAUGGCUCUCGGUGCCAUUCUACGUUGAUUUAUGUAAACAGGCAUU